CAAUCGGCGCACCGUAGCCGAGCGGCGGCGGCAGGCCUGGGGCGUUUUGCUGCUGGCUGGCCUGCCUGUCGGCGCGCCGGCCUCUCCACCCAAAUGCGCGGACACCGGUCCGGGCGCGGCCGCGGCGCUUGUAUUGGGCUGCCUGCACAGUACUUAUGUCGCUGCUUUCGCUUCGUUAUCGAUUGAUGUUUGUCGCGCCAGGUAUUAUUGAAGCGUCGAACACGUGCUCGUGUUGCAAGCCAUUGCCGGCGGUUCUUGCGCGACAGGCUUUGUAGGAGAUUUCCGAGGGAACUUGAGACGAGAGCGAGGCGUGGUACGGAGUGAGCGUUCAUAGAUGAGCAGAUGCUGCUUCGCUUUUGAUCCGGUCGCUCUCUUUCUGAUCGGAGUGAAGGUGAAGGCCGUUCUUGUGUAUACAUGAUAAUUACCAGUUUGAUGUUCCCGUAGUGAGGACACUCGCUUUACCGUUUUGGAGAGUGGAUAGAAGUACUUAAACGCUUACCCAGCACAGCACGACACGCACCGUUUUUGAAACGUCUAGUACUUUCGUUUUUUUUUGCGAUAAAUACGCGGAAGCGAUAAAGCAUAGUCUAGAGCGCAGACUCGAACAGCUUCAGCACCACACUAUCGCACACCAGGAACGAUGCCCGCGGCACAAGCAGAAGCGGCGCCGAAGACCGGGUACUAGAAGCGUUCUUUUUUCUUGUAGCUCUGACUGCGUGACUAUCAUGAUGAACAAAAGUGCCUCCAUUCCAUACCGACAGAAGAUUCGAAAGGAAUUAGGAUCCUCUCCUGAGUCACGGCAACGAGGGUGCUUCGUGGUUUGAUGAGAUGGCAUCUUGUAAAAGUGUGGAAUGGCUGUGCUGGUCAUUCUGGGAACGUUGUUGGUGCAAUUCCGUCUCGGAGCUCUAAUAAGUACUUCACGACCUCCACCUCCCAACGUCAGCGCUUGGGUGUGGUGGUUGUAAGAAUCGAAAAUCACGAAAGAAAGUUAUCUUUUCCUAUGGGCGAAGGGAUGGGGGCAUUUUUCAUUAUGACGCGCGAGUCUGAGCGUCUUGGUGUCGCCAGUACAGCGGUUGCGGUUCAGGAUGAAAAAAUUUGCGUGACAAACGAUAGUGCGUAGAUAUUUUUGCUGUUUGGCAUUACAAAUGGCAGCAGUUUUGAUUUACCAUGUUGAUUUCAACCCCACCAAUGAAACACACAGGUCCACCGAGCAGAAGGAGACCCCAUGGUCCAAGCUGAAAUCCGCAUUAUCCGAAUGACACAUGGGCAGCACGUGCGCUAGCCUUGAGUCUUUUUCAAUUACUAUGCAUGACUGCAGCUGCACUGCGCAUGUAUGGGUACUUUGAAUGAGGGGAGUAACGUUGUCUAAUCGCUUUCUCGGCUUUGUUAUCAGAAGCUUUUGGUGCAUUACGGUGUGGAAUUGCAACGAAAGAGUGUGGCGGCGCACUGGCUGAUAAAAUUUUCCUUUCAUAUUCGGUGUUCGGUGAGGUACUUCGAUAUAUUUUACGAACGAAGAUAUUCAUAUUUCUACACUAUUCCCAACUUCUCAGUUUCUUACUCUCCACAUUACCACCUCUCUUGUCACCCGUAGUGUGUGCACUUCGAGCAUAAAAAUGAAAAACCAGAAGAGGACGAAGAUCGUUAUUUGGAUUUUAGUUUUUGCCAUGCAAAGACAAUGGGAGCCAGCAGGAGCAUGUGUGUGAGGACCAAACUCGUACGAUUUUAAUCAAAAAAAAAAAAUCGAUAAGGCGAAGAAGGGCGAUGCUGGGGCUGCCAACUAUUAUCUUGUGGAAACAUCACUUCCCGCCCCAUCUAACUAUCCACCCAAGCGACGAGAGAGCAACUCGCUCAGAUGAGAUUAAUCACACCUGCGUACUAUGAUUCGCCGCGUUGUUAUUUAAGUGCCCGAGCGCGUGCAAAGGGGUGUCGCCGUGUAAUGCUUUGUAUGUAAUGUGAAGAAGAAGAUAGGCAAUAGCAUACUAUAAUUAUACCCAUGAUCUCGACGAAUACGAAUACGUGAAGUCAGCGAUGCUUGCUAAAGCGCAGCAGACAGGGGCUUCUGCACCAAAAUUAGCUUUCGAUAGAUGCAGGGAGGAUCUUUCCACAGGAUACACGUCCACCUCUACGAAAAAUUUGGUCACAUCAAUCACAGCGAAAUCGUCCACCACCUAGUGUGCAUGCGAAUAGUACAAAACAGCAUGAAGAUAAUUUUUCAGCGUUUCUAGACUGACAGGCGCAAAGUACAGUUUGCAGACCACAUGGAUGAUCUCGUCACAUGAGCGCGAAAACAAGUUGAAAUUGGUGGUGGACGGAGCAUGGUAGUUCGGGACGGGUUAUCAAAUGCAAACAUGCCUGGGUCCUCUGGAAAAUAGCGCGAAUCGCGAACUGAACUUCGAUGCAUCUCAACUCUGUCAUGCAUGUUGCGCAUUAGUGGCGUUCCUCUGUGGCGGUCAGACAAGAAUAAAUAGAUUUUUCAUGCGCACUAUGAUAAAUAGAACCACUGCAAAUUUUGUCGUGUUCGGCCGGAUACCGCAGUAACUUUGUCAUUCAAACACCAGCAUAACAUCGCUUUCGAGACACAGGCAUAUUUCCGCUGGAUACGGGGAAGCAGCUUGAUUGUUACGGGACCAAAUGCUCUUUCCUUGGAUAACAGAACGAAGCCCGUGGUGGAGUACAUACAGGCCCAGCCUUAUCCGAUGCAAAUAUGUCUGGGUUUGGAGAUUUGUGAUGUUGAACUGUGGAUAAUGAAAACGCUUCCGAGGCAUGCAGCCGAGCGCGACAAGCUUGCAGAACCCGUUGUCAUCCGCAUGAAAAACUGCGUUUCUGUAUGACAAAAGAAGCUGCGACUUUUGGUGGUCACGCAAUACAGAUUUCACACAGAUGUAACAAGAUCGCAGUUUCAAAUUGCCAGACCCAGAUGGUGUUAGCAAUGCAUAAGCCUGCUAGAUAUGCGAUUGGAAAGGACUCCCCUCCCACCAGGUUGUUCAAAACUACGUCUUUGUCAUGCUUUUUUCCUUAUGCCUUGCAAAUAUGUCUGGGUCUGGAAAGAAGUGCACUUCCUUGUCGUGAGCACCUCACAACACACACAAAUGUCUCAUGCAUAAGCAGCAAAAGUCAUAUAUUUCUGUGACUAACUAAAUAGCGGAUUUGUCAUGCGAAUUAGGCAUUGCAGAAUCUUCUCGAGACUUGCGACGCUAGGGCUUUCACGCCAGCCCUCCAGUGUCAUGCAAAAACAACAUGAUCUUCUUGCUUGACCCAGACAUCUUUGCAGUUGAUAUGCCGCGGUACCUGCAGAAGAUGGUCAGACCGUCGCAAGUUGGUUCCGGUCCUGGCAACUGAUUUUCAAAAAAAAUCGAAACCAAUUUUUCGGAGCGGGCCUACUAGAAAGAUCGAGUUGUCAUGUUUUGAUUUUGAACCUGGCGGGGGAGGGGCGUUUCAGCUGCACAUUUCCCCGCUUUGAAAAGAAUUUGUGGAAGUCGUCGUUUUUUAUAAAGUUUUAGUACAGUGCAUUCCUAUUCUUUCCUACAGCUUACUUUACGUGUCUACACCUAUUCAUUGGCGCGAUCAGCCUGACGCUUCAACGAGAUUUUUGUAUGAUUCGGAAUUAUAAUGUACCUAACUACAACUAGAUAAAUUAUUCUAAAUUUUUCACCAUCUAUUUCCAGAUCCACAACUUCAAAUCGCAAAUGUUUUAGUAGGACGCAGUAUUUCACGACCAGAGUUCGAUUCUAAUGUACAAUUUCUAGAUCGGUUUGAUACAGUAUCACUUGCUGGCUGGAGUUGCAGUGUACCGUACGAAAGAAACCAGCUCAACAAGAACGAACGCACCAGCCCAACUACACAGCUAGUACCAGGUACAAAAUUAACUUUAACAACAGUGGAGAACAAUCUGCAGGAACAAGUG